CCGAUUCGAAUAUCCGUCGCAGUCGCGGAUGCUCGGUCGAAGCGGCGAGAUCGAGAGCAGGAGACGCGAGCAAAACGCGAUCGCGAUCGAUCGCGAUCGAUCGAUAUUUUGUCGUGUCUCGUGUCGAUUUAUUAUUCGGAAAAAGUGAUAAAAGGUGCUCACGAAAAUUUUGAAUGAUCUUUAUUCAUCUUUAUCGUGAUAUAUAUUCAAAAAUUAAUCGAAUAGAGAUUGAUCGAUGAUUUAUCAUUGAUCUUUGUAUCGAAAAACCAAACGAUUUUGUGUACCUUCGUAAAUAAAUACGAAUCGUUUUAAUAGUGAUCUCUUAGUAAUCUUUGAUAUCAUUGAAUUAACAUUAAAAUCGAUUGGAAAGAUAUCUAUCUUCGCAGAAGGAUCUACGAAGUUACGAUUCGUCAAAUAAACACGCCUUCAAGUUUAUAGCGAGAUGAUGGCUACUUAGAAAAUCAUUUAAAGCUAUCGUACGAUUAGUACUUUUCAGUGACGAAAGAGAUAGCAAUCAAAGCGUUAAUUGGAAAUGGAGAGACCUUGAAUUUGCCAGAUAGGACCAUUUCUGGUGUCGAUCCUCGCGAGAUGUGGACGAGCAGGAGCAUAAGUCUCCUGAUAACGACAAUGAUCGUCCUAAUCGGCGAUCGGACGACGAAUUCUCAAAAGCCUCGGCUUGGUGGUGCCGUAAACGUUUUCACUCGUUACGGUUAUCUCAGCAUCAGUAUGAGGGUUGUACCACGUAACGAUACGGACACUUGGAUAUUUCGCGAACCAACUUUGGAUGUCUUUAGGAAUCCAAUGGCGAUGCCACCGAAUCAAUUACAACAAGGGAAAUCUAUGACGAGCGUAUUCGAUGGUGAUUUUCACAUGGAAUUUUGUGACAACGUAAGGCAACUCCUACAGGCAUAUUUCCGUGAUUUCGCUUUCGAGAAAUUAGAAAGACCUUGGCGAGCCUUUACUGGCAGUUGGUCCAAGGCCGCCAUAGCCAGGCAUCUUGGUAUCAACUCCUCUUUCAUCGGUGGUGAUUAUUGUUACGUGCUUGUACGGGUCGCCAGAUUUCGAGAUAAUCAGAAGCUAAUUGCCACUGCUGAAUCUUUACUCCUCGAUGAAGUUGUACUCAGGGAAACGGAAAACGUCACAGUUGGUGAUACCUUCAGUGUCGUUAACUUCAUCAGGAAUUAUGGCUCUCAUUACAUCGCUUCUUAUAUCACUGGAAAUUCACUCUAUCAGGUAUUUGUUUACACCCCUCAAGUAUAUCUACGUAUAAAGGAACGUUUGAAAACACGGGGUGUCUCGGAGCUUUCGACCUUGGAAUUAAACAAUUAUUUCUCACCUUGGUACGCCGAGCAUAUGGGUGCCAUACAAUCAGCAAGCGGUAAUCGUUCAGUAGAAGCUUGGGCAGUCGAGAGACUCCGAGUACAGUAUUACAUCUUCUCGUAUGCGAGCUUGCUAAAGCUUCAUGGUGAUGCGACCUUGCUUAGACAAUUGGAUGGCUUGCUCGGAAACGAGGCACUGUUACAACUUCAACUUCGUACCUUGGCACCAGUUUUCAAGGAUUCGAAGAGACGCGAGUGGUUCCUAGAAGUGAUCGACAAUUAUUUUAAGCUUUGGGAAGUGAACAUGUGAAGAGAUGGUCAAAUUUGCGACUCGACGAAUGCUACGUCGUAAAAAAAGAAAAAAAAAAGAAAGAAAAAAGAAAAAAAGAAGCCUUCGUUUCGUUGUGAUUCGCGUCCAAGUUAAGGACGUUAGAGGAAUAUGGUGGUACGAUCUUCGAGAUGAUUCGGCUGAUGAUCGAAAACCGGUUCGGUGAUUCCACGGAUUUCCUCUUUGAUUAAACGUUCCUGGAAGCCGUACUAAACUAUAUAUUACGUACACAUGACUUUUCACGUAUUUAGCCCAACUGUUAUUGUUAUAAAUAAGUAUUUAUUAUUAUAAUCGUUAAUAGAAAACAUUUUUAUACAAAAAGUUUUUCAUAUAUCACAAGCGUUAUUCAAUAAGAUCUCUGAUCGGAAAACGCGCUGAUUAGAACGUCAUAUAGAAUAUCGAUCUAUCAAAUUAAUAUUUUCAUCGUGAUUUUCUCGAGUAAGAAGAAACGAAAGAAAGUUCAAUUAGUAAUGAAUCAAUCGCGCUCGAUGGACUGCUUUUAAGUUUAAAGAUUUAUAGACGUAACACGUUGAACAUUUUAACGGGAAAUUUUCUGUUAAUAAAGCAGCGGCGUUUUCCGUUUGAUUAUUUACGUUAAUUCGUUUGAUAUUAGGAUUAAAGUGUCUGACGUACAUAUGUUGGACGGUAAUGAGGAUAAUUGUUGUCGUCGUUAUUUUUGUUUUUUUUUUCUUUUUUCCUUUUUUUUUAAAUAUAUAUAUAUACACAUAUACGAGAAAAACUUAUUCUAUUGGCACGAUGAAUCUAUUGGGGUUAGAUAUUAGAAAACAAUGCGAACUUGGUGAUUUUACGCAGUUUUCUAUUAUUAUACAUGAUCACUGCCGAAUUGAAUAUGUUUUUAUCGAAAUUUGAUCGUAUUAUAUUAUAGUAUUUUAAACGAUGAAAAAACGCUAUUUACGCGUAUCAAUUCAUAUAUUGUGCUCUUUAAAAAGUAUUUCGAUAAAAGACUUGUAUAUAUUGUUUAUCGGUAGAAUUAAUUAUUUGUUGUACAUUCAUCAUAUAUAGAUGGGUCGAUUUAAACUUAUGCAAACUGUAAUUGUACCGACUCGAUAUUCAGAUUGUCUUUAGAAUAUUGUGCUUUAAAUUCUUUCUCAGGUUACGGACAAGGAAAGUAUCUAUACAUAUAUUUUCUAUAAAGAGUAUCACUAUUAAUUGACAUCUAUAACAAGAAAAAAAAAUAUUUUUCAAAUAUUGCAAAAUGACGUGCCUUCUUAUAUCACGCAUAUAUUGGAUAUCAACGCCAUCGAUUAUAGAACUCGGAGCUCACUGUGUGUUUUACUACGUAGUCAGUGAACAUUCUUAAUACGAUACAACAUGAUAAUACAAUAACUUAGUGUAACAUAAACAUAUCAAACAUGUUUUCAAGAGUCUUCAACAAUCAACGUAAAUAAUAGACUGAAAAUACAUCCUAUAAUACACAAA